CCCCUCUUUUCAAAUAAACCAGACCAGAAGCACGAUGACGUUCAACAAUGAUCAAAUUGAUCACGAGCCGUCAUAACAAUGAUCAAAUUGAUACGGCAUCUCUCUUAGAUCUGUUCUAUUCCCGCUUCAUAUCGUUUGUUUAUCUUGCUAAUUGAAGUUGCACCCUCGUCUCCCUUGGGUUAGAUCCAGACAUGGAUUUCAUGAAAGUAAUCGAUCAAACCGUACGCGAAAUAAAGAGGGAGGUGAAUUUGAAAGUAUUGAAGGUUCCUGAAAUCGAACAGAAGGUAUUGGAUGCAACAGACGAUGAACCUUGGGGCCCUCAUGGUACUGCAAUGGCUGAGAUAGCACAAGCCACUAAAAAAUUUUCUGAAUGUUCAAUUGUUAUGAAUGUUCUAUGGACAAGAUUGACAGAAACUGAAAAGAACUGGCGUUAUGUCUACAAGGCACUGGUUGUUCUAGAGUAUUUGGUGGCACAUGGAUCGGAACGUGCAGUAGAUGAGAUUGUAGAACACACUUAUCAUAUUUCGUCUCUUACAAAGUUUGAGUAUGUUGAACCAAACGGGAAGGAUAUGGGAAUCAACGUCAGAAAGAAGGCUGAAAACAUUGUGUCAAUAUUAAACGACAAGGACAAGAUACAGGACAUUAGGAAUAAGGCUUCUGCAAAUCGUGAAAAGUAUAUUGGACUAUCAUCUACUGGAAUAACAUACAAGUCAGGAUCGGCUGCUAUAAGUAGUGGCAGUCGAUAUGGAGGUUUUGGCAGUAAUAUUGAUAGUGACUCUUCCGCUCACAUUGAGAGCGGUCGAUAUGGUGAUGAUAAGCUUGAUAAGAAUGCCAAUUAUAAAUCUAGAAGAGAGAUUUCUGGUAAAGAGGAGAGUUCAAAUAAUAAGACUUCUCAUAUAAGAGUUUCCGCUACUACAUCAAAGACAAACAAGACAGCCUACUCUAAUAAAAAUGCUUCAAAACCCUCACUUAAAUCAAGUACACCAAGUAGCAAUUAUGAGGAUGAUUUUGAUGAUUUUGAUCCCCGGGGGACUUCAAGCGCUAAGCCUACAGCAGAGGGAAGUACUAGCCAAGUAGAUCUUUUUGGGCAAAGUUUGGGUGGUGACCUCUUGGAAACCCCAACUUCUUCAUCAGAUAAGCCUGCCAUAAAGAAUGAACCCACAGAAGUUGAUUUAUUUGCUGAAGCAGAUUUUGUAACUGCUCUGCCCGAGACAGGGGGUAAUUUUCAGGCUCCUCAGGCAGGCAUUGAUCUGUUUUCCCAACCUGAAGCAAUAGGAAGCUCUAAAUCUCAGGGGGGUAUUGAUCUGUUCUGGCAAACCACGCCUUUUACUUCAGCAACGCCCACUCCUCCCUCAACAUUUGAUUUUUUCGGCUUGGCUGAUCCAGCUGUGCAGUCAGAUACAUCUUCUAAACAGGAGCCCAUUAAUACUAAUAGUAGUAUACUUGAUCCAUUCGCCAAUGUUCCAGUAAAUGCUUUCAGUAGUUCCAACCCUUUUGAUUCAUUUGUUUCCCAGACAGAUCCUGCCUCUGCAACGUCUGGUGAAAGUUCUGGAAAUUUGAGCGCAUCUUUGGUAGAUUCUAAGUGCCCAAGCAAGAAGGAUGCUUUUCAGGUCAAGUCUGGAAUAUGGGCGGAUUCCCUUAGCCGUGGACUGAUUGAUCUUAACAUAAGUGCACCCAAAAAGGGCAAUCUAGCAGAUUCUGGCUGUGUUGGAGGAUUGACCGGUGGAUCUGAGAAAGAAAAGGAACUUGCUCUGCCUACAUUUUACAUGGGUCAAGGAACCGGCAUUGGCAAAUCUGGGUUUUCUUCAGGAGACAAUUUCUUCUCAGCCCAAUUCGGUAGCUUCCAAAAAUGAGUUAAAUACCUAUUUCGUCAGAUAUAUUCUUUUGUGAAGUUCUCAGAGAUCAAAUGUUUAUUUGUUUUGUGUAAUCUUUGAGAUGCAAAGUGUGUAUUGUGUGGGAUUGGGAAAUCUAGUCUUGGCUGUUUUCCCAUUGCCAGCCAUUUCAUUUAAAAGUUUCCAAAACUCUUGGUCCUUCGUACUUAAGUUUUCAGAAACAGGAUGAGCUGUACUUUAUCAUCUCUUCUCCCCCACUCAGUCACUCACUACUGGACUAUUGUAUAAUUUCAUUACUUUUCAGCCUUGUCAAAUGAGCCCUAAGCUUCCUCUGA